AUGCGCAACAUACUGUCCCUUCUCGCUUUCUCGGUGUCUUCGGCAGCCUUCGUUCACCCAGGGGCACUUCACACGGCGCGGGAUUUCACGCGCAUCAACACCUAUCUCGCGAACCAGGUCGAACCACACAACACGACAUGGACACUUCUAUCUGCCAGCACCUACGCCCAAUCAUCCUAUCAGCCUACCCCGAAAGAGACUGUUUACAGAGGAUACAAUGGUGUAGACAGUGAAAACUACCCAUCCUUGUACAGAGACACUGCAGCAGCCUACCAGCUCGCCAUACGCUGGCGCAUCACAAACGACACAAGCUACGCCGAUGCCGCAAUCAACAUCCUAAACGCAUGGGCUGCAUCUCUAGUCGCCAUCGAAGGAACCAGUGACAAGUACCUGGCAUCUGGUCUAUACGGCUACCAAAUGGCCAAUGCCGCCGAGCUCAUGUCAGACUACACCGGUUGGGAUAGUAGCAAAAAGACCGCCACGGGAAAAAUGUUGACAGAUGUCUUCGGGGCGAUGAACACGCGUUUCAUGGAAGAACACAAUGGUCAAGAUUACUACCAUUACUACGCCAAUUGGGACUUGUGUAAUCUUGCUUCGCUUCUCGCUAUUGGUAUCUUCACUGAUAACCAGACGAUGUACGACUAUGCGUUGAGCUGGGUUCGCACGGGUCCGUCGAACGGUGCUCUUCCCGUCUUUGCUAUUGCCAAUCACACGGAGUCUGGAUCCAAUAAGGUCUUGACGCAGGGUCAGGAAGCCGGUCGGGAUCAGGGCCAUUCCACGUUGGAUAUGGUGCUUUUCGGUAUCGUGGCGCAGCAGGCGUAUAAUCAAGGUGAUGACCUAUUUGCUGAGUACGGCAAUGAGAUUCUCAACGCAGCUGAAUAUGCUGCUAAAUACAACGUCGGCUACGAUGUGCCAUACACUCUAUAUGAAAGUUAUCAGGGUCCCCAAUCUGUCAUCUCGAACAACUCGCGUGGGGUUGUUCGACCUGGAUUCGAGCUACUCUCUGCGCAUUAUGGCCAGGUGAAGGGUCUCGACUCUUACUGGACGGAUUCUUACCGCGACUGGGUUAAUGGGAACUCCACAAACGGUGUUGAAGGCGGGGGUGGAAACUACGGUCCUAAUUCAGGUGGAUUUGACGGCCUUGGAUUUGGCUCGUUGCUUUAUCGCAGGGCUUGA